CUGUGUGCCACCGAGGGUGAAACAUUGCUUUGAAAAUUAUGAAGUACAAGUGGAAUCAUUAUUAUAGCCUUCUACAGAAGAUAUUGUCACUCGCCGGGCAAUGGCCUUAUCAAGAAAGAAGAACGAGGUUGUUCCGAGUGGGCUUGAUAACUGUGGCCAUUUUUUCAUUGACCGUUCCACAGGUAGGCAAAUUUAUUCAAUGCAACGGAGAUGUGCGAUGUAUUAUGUUGAUCGUACCAACGGGGUUUGCUAUGCUUAUAAUUCUGGUGAAGCUGUACACGUGCCAUCUGAACAAUAGUAAAAUCAAAAGUCUCACUGAUCAUCUGCGCAGCGACUGGGAGAAGUUGGAAAGUGCGGAGGAAUACGAAAUUAUGAAAACGUAUGCCGCGAACUCGAAACUGUUUUGUUCGGCAUUUUGUUUGUACAUGUAUAUAUCUGCCGGUAUGUUUGUAUCAAUUAGCCUCGUACCGCACAUAAUGAAUGUCGUAUUACCGCUCAAUGAGUCAUGGCCCAUAUUCAUGCCUUAUGAGGCUUAUUACUUCGUGGACAUCGAAAAAUACUUCUUCUACAUAUUCAUCCACGUUUUUGUGAGCAUAGAGAUAGGUAUGACGGUGACAAUCGCGCACGAUAGCAUGAUUGUGGUUUACAUGGAGCACGCCUGCAGCAUCUUUGCUGUGGCUGGAUUUCGAUUCCAAACUCUAUCUCGUAACGUUCGUGACGACGCAAUAAGUAUUACUAGUCCGGACGACGUAUACUAUCAGAAGAUCGCGAUCUCGGUGUACGCACACUGGCGAGCUUUACGAUUCGCAGAACUUCUUGAAAGCACCUUCUAUGUUACUUUCGCCGUACAAAUACUAAUAGUUACCAUUGCGAUGAGUAUUACCCUGCUACAAAUCGUGUUGCGGUUAGACGAAGUUUUGGAAGCAAUGAGAUACACGUUAUUUGUCAUUGUUCAAGUGGUCCACUUGUUCUACUUCAGUAUGCAAGGUCAGAGACUGAUCGAUCACAGCGUGCAAAUGCGCGACAAGAUAUAUAACUCUUCUUGGUACAAUAUACCCGCGAAGUCGCAAAGGCUGCUCCUGUACGUAAUGCGACGGAGCAUGCAACCAAAUUUUUUGAGCGCCGGCAAGAUUUACAUCUUUUCUCUGAAGAGCUUCACCACGGUGGUACAGUCUUCGGUGUCGUAUUUUACCGUACUUGCGUCCUUCCAGUAAUCAAUGAUCAAUAUGCGAUUCGAAUAGUGUCUCUGUGCAAUCACAAGAUUACGUUAUAGUAAUAGUUAUCGCGCAGUCGAAGUAAUGCUUACAUUUAACUUAUUAGUCACGAGCGAGUUACCUACGCUAUUAAAAUAUUAUUCUUAAACAUAAUUUAAAAUCUCAUUAUUUUACGGAUGAAGCCACGAGUUAGGAAGAAGUAAAUAGAAAUGGAAAAUGGAAAAUAGAUAAGAAACCAUAAUAUUUAUUCUAAAUGCUAAUAUAUUUUAUUAAUUUUUGUUUGGUUUUAUUAUUAAAUGUGAA